CCAAGAUUAAAGUAAAAGGAGAAAUCACUUCGAGCUCCAGGCUCCUGCAAAGCUAGUGCCACUGCCGUCUCCCUUCAGCCGCCAUCAUGAUUAUCUACCGGGACCUCAUCAGCCACGAUGAGAUGUUCUCCAACAUUUACAAGAUCCGAGAGAUCUUGGACAGCCUAUGCUUGAAGGUGGAGGGGAAGAUGGUCAGUAGGACAGAGGGUAACAUUGAUGACUCACUCAUUGGUGGAAAUGCUUCCGCUGAAGGACCCGAGGGUGAAAGCGCAGUUAUCACUGGUGUUGAUAUUGUCAUGAACCAUCACUUGCAGGAAACCAGCUUCACAAAAGAAGCCUACAAGAAGUACAUCAAAGAUUACAUGAAGUCAAUCAAAGGCAGACUUGAAGAACAGAGACCGGAAAGAGUAAAACCUUUUAUGACAGGGGCUGCAGAACAAAUCAAGCACGUCCUGGCUAAUUUCAAAAACUACCAGUUCUUCAUUAGUGAAAACAUAAAUCCAGAUGGCAUGGUUGCUCUCCUGGACUACCAUGAGGAUGGUGUGACCCCAGAUAUGAUUUUCUUUAAGGAUGGUUUAGAAAUGGAAAAAUGUUAACAAAUUUGGCGAUUACUUUGGAUCUAUCACCUGUCACCAUAACUGGCUGCUGCUUGUCAUCCACACAACACCAGGACUUAAGACAAACAGGACUGAUGUCAUCUUGAGCUCUUCAUUUAUUUUGACUGUGAUUUAUUUGGAGUGGAGGCAUUGUUUUUAAGGAAAAACAUGUCAUUGUUCCUGCAGAAGCUAGAGACUGGUUGUAGGCCACUACUAGAAAGCAUAAGACUGUCAUCAGAUAAAUUCUACAGUGGAAGCCACUCCUGAGACUGGUAUGUAAAGAAACCAAAAGUUUUAAUUCUGAGUUACAGUAAAGGAAGAGACCGUGCUCAUAGCAGGCCAACACUUGAAGUGGAGCCUUAACACAUUUCAACACCUACAACGGAAGUAGUGACUGUGGAAGAAAUUACCAAGAGAAUAAAAAGAGACUAAUUCAGUUGGGAAAAAAAAAAUAAUAAAUAAUCUUUUCAGUUUCCCUCACAAGGAUGCAUUGCCUCUUAAUUGUUACCAGUUCCAUGGUUUUUGAGUUUGAUUUUUAUGUCUUACUGAAUCUACCAUAACAUUGUUUGCUUACUGAUCUAUUAUUAUGAGUUCUACCCUUAUAUGUAUAUUAUUGGCAUAAAAUAAGCUCUAGUGUAGGUUACUGAAAGUAGUAAAAAACAUAAGUGGAAGGUUUGUAAAUACCUGUAAUUUUUUUGAUUAUUCCAUCUCUAGAAAUCUAGUGACAGGUUUGAUGUAAUUAAAAUUUAAUUUUAUAAUAUGCAAAGGAAGUUGUCAUAACUCGAAUAUGAUUUGACACAUGCUGGCUGUAAGCAGUCUAUUUGAGAAGUAGGUAUUUCCCUAAAAGAAUAGACUUGAUAGAAAAAAAGCUUUGAUUGAAAAUUAAGUUUUAAACUUUGGCGCUGCUUUAAGGUAUGUGUCUUUUAAUA